AAUGAAGGUCUAAACGUCAGAAUGUAAUAACAAUUUGCAAUUUACAUCUCCGGUGAAAAAUAACCGACGGGUCAUCGAUUGAAUUAUUGUAUUUGCUGGAGAAAUAGGAAUAGUUUUACUUCUAUAUUAUUUUAUAAAUCUGCAGAAAACGAGUGAGAAGAUAAGUUUAGCAAGAUGAGCGAUAAUGAUAUUUCUAAAAUGAAGGUGGCUGAUCUCAAGAAGGAAUUAAAAACCCGUGGCCUCAACACACUGGGGAAUAAAAACGAACUGGUAGAAAGGCUUCAGAAUGCAUUAAUUGAUGGCGGCGAUCCCUUGGAAGAUACUGCUAAUUCUGAAGAUCUUCUGGAAGACGACGAAUUGAAUGAUGAUAUUCUAGAAGAGGAAGAAGAGAAACUUCAAGAUGUUACCGUAGAGGAGGAUCGAAUGCUAAAAUCGCCUACUCCUAGUGAAGCAUCCAAGUCUGAAUCACCGGAGCAGCAGAAGGCUCUCGAUCAAUGUAGCAAGGAUCAUGAGCCGGAACAGGGAAAGAAGGAGGAACAGUCGUUGCCGCAUAAGAAAGUAGCUCUCAAACGAAACAUAUCGAUUUCAGUUCCUACCCCCGUUACCACACCGGCUGCAGUGACAUCCGUUGCUGGUGACUCCAAUGAGUCAAAAAAUAAGGAAACUGUUACUAAGAGCUCUGAACAACAAUCAGGAGAACCGGAGAAGAAAAUAAUUAAACUGAGUCAAAUGACCGCCCAAGAAAGACUUGAAAUGCGCGCAAAAAAGUUUGGCGCACAAACUACCGAAUCAUCUGAUUCAAAAUUGCAGGCCCGAGCUGCACGCUUUGGAUUGGGAAGUGCUGGUAGUUCUACUACCUCUACGAACAGUUUGAUUUCUUUGGAUGCACUUAAAAGACGCGCUGAGCGAUUCGGCGGAAGUGUAUCAAACAAGGUAACUAAACUGGAACUGGACGAGAAGUUACAGAAGCGACAGGCAAGAUUUGGUGAAGCAGCAACAGCUUCCAAGCUUACCGCAACUGGCAAAGUAGCCAUAACUGCAACCAGUAGCACAACCACAGAUUACAGUGAGCGAGCUCGACUACGACUGGAACGAUUCAAGAAUGUCGCCUAAGCGUCAAUAUUGUAUUAACUUAAUUCCAGCAAUUAUCACACGUUAGAAGAUUUUAUUUCUUGGAUCCUCGACAUAGUUUAACGUGUUCCAAAUAGUUUUUCAUCCAACUUCGGAGAAUGGGAGUUGUUUCUACUGUAGAUUUCUGAAAUACAUAACUUACAUACGUCAAA